AUAAAUAGGCCCAGCCCGGGCUGUGGCUCAGCCCUCGGAGGGAGUUGAGCACCAGGCAGCAGUCUCCAGCCAAGCCCCCUGCCAGCAUGGCCAGCGAGUUCAAGAAGAAGCUCUUCUGGAGGGCGGUGGUGGCCGAGUUCCUGGCCAUGACCCUCUUCAUCUUCAUCAGCAUCGGCUCUGCCCUGGGCUUCAACUACCCGGUGGGGAGCAACCAGACGGCGGUCCAGGACAACGUGAAGGUGUCGCUGGCCUUCGGUUUGAGCAUCGCCACGCUGGCCCAGAGCGUGGGCCACAUCAGUGGCGCCCACCUCAACCCGGCCGUCACGCUGGGGCUGCUGCUCAGCUGCCAGAUCAGCAUCCUGCGGGCCGUCAUGUACAUCGUGGCCCAGUGCGUGGGGGCCAUCGUCGCCACCGCCAUCCUCUCGGGCAUCACCUCCUCCUUGUCCAUGAACUCGCUCGGCCGCAACGACCUGGCGGAAGGUGUGAACUCAGGCCAGGGCCUGGGCGUCGAGAUCAUCGCCACCCUGCAGCUGGUGCUGUGCGUGCUGGCCACCACCGACCGCAGGCGCCGCGACCUCGGAGGCUCAGCCCCGCUGGCCAUUGGCCUGUCUGUAGCCCUGGGACACCUGCUGGCGAUUGACUACACCGGCUGCGGCAUCAACCCUGCUCGGUCCUUCGGCUCUGCGGUGAUCACCCACAACUUCAGCAACCACUGGAUUUUCUGGGUGGGGCCGUUCAUCGGGGCAGCCCUGGCCGUGCUCAUCUACGACUUCAUCCUGGCCCCACGCAGCAGCGACCUCAUAGACCGCGUGAAGGUGUGGACCAGCGGCCAGGUGGAGGAGUACGACCUGGAGGCCGACGACAUCAACUCCAGGGUGGAGAUGAAGCCCAAGUAGAAGGGGUCUGGCCCAGGCAUCCACGUGGGGGGCAGGGGCGGGCGGAGGGCGGGGAGGGGUGAAAUCGAUACUGCAGACACUCCGACCAGCCGGCCAAAGUCACUUCCCCACGAUCUGCCAGUCCUGGGUGGUCGAGCCUCCUUGGGCGGUGUUUCUCUCUUUCUUUCUCUUUCUUUGUUUCCUGGCCUCAGAGCUUCCGGGGGACCAAGAUUUACCAACUCACCCACUCUCUCGAAGUCACAGAGGAGGUGAAAGAGAGGGACCCACCUGCUAGUUGUCUCCUCAGAGUGUGAUGGGAGGUGUGCCGGAAAGUCCCCCCUCAUCCCAAAGUUGCUCACCGACUCACCUGCGCAGGUGCCUGGGUUCCACCAUUGUUGCCUUGUGCCUUCGGGCGUGGCCCUCCUUCUCCAGACAGGCAUCUGGCCCCGGCGGUGCUCUGAGGGGCAGGAGGUCCCAGGAGGUGCCGGGGCAGGGGCGAGUUGCAGACAAGCUUUGCCCCUUCAGGUUAGCUUGCUCCCAGGGCCCUCCCCCUCGGACUCGCUGCGUGGAAUCGUCGUCCCUAUCUCAGGGCCUCAGGGACCCCCAUCUGGGAAGUGGUAGGAUGGGGAGAGCUCUGUGGCCGGAGGCCCCCCUAGGAUUCUGUAAGUGUAGACACACCCUGGGUUCUAGAAGAUGUAGUCUGGACCACUGCUGCUUUUCCCACUGGCCCUGUGUUCUGUCCCCGAGGACAGAGCUGCAGCCACACCUCUGCAUACGUGUGGGCACGGGUGGGCUCAUGCAGACGGGCUUCAAAGCAGAGAUCGACACGCAGUCCAGGCAGCUGGAAGUUUCUCUUCUCUAGGGAGAGGCUCCCAGACGGCCUGCUGGUGCAGAACGAAGGCCACUUGGAGGGAGAGAGGAUACCUGUGUCACUUCAGUGAGCUUUUAGUUGGUUUCUACCUGUUAUUGCGUCACAUUGAUCAGUACUCUUGCCAGCGUAGAGACGCAGGUCACCAUUACAUUGGCGUGUGUUUAUUGAAGAGCACUUGGGUCACCCGAAGCCCAAAGCCUCAGCACAGAACAGCCCUGACGCAGAUGAGCCCAGGAAGGCAGUGCCCCUGCCGGGCCCCGGCUGAUCCUGAGCAGGGAGGAGCACGUCCCUCCCUUGGUCAUGAGCUCCUGCCUGGAGGUACCUGCACAGGCUCACUGUGCCACCCCAGCCACAGCCUUCCUGCCUUACCAACCCGGAGGGCAAAGGCCAUGCCUGGGCCUGAUGAAGUAGCUGCUGCUGCAGCCCAAGGACAGUUCAGAGCCCCGAGUCUGCUUGGGGGCUGAAUUCUCCCACUCAGCUGUCUAUAUAAGUCCAUUCAAUCCCACUGGGGCCCGAGCAGCUCUGCCACUGUGCCCUUAGCCAUGAUGGCAACAGAAACCAAGAGACACGAUGACGCAGGUAUUUAGAAGCAGUGGGACAACCAGGAGGCCCUUAACUGUCACCAACGCAUGACAUCUGCACACUCUCUUCUCCAUUCCCUAGUAGGAACUUCUAGCCCAUUUAAUGGAUAAGGAAACAGAGGCCCAAGGUCCCACAGCUAGAGAACGAUGUGGCCAUGUCUAGCACCAAGGCCAUGUCUCUGCCACUCCCUGGACUGUGAGGCCGGCCUCUCUCAUUCCCAGCUUCGCGGCUGCUGCCUGGGCGGCAGCCAGGGGCCAGGAGGGUGAGGGUUAUGAUGGAGGGGAGGGGGCAGACCCGCGCCUGCCUGGUUCUGGCUGCUGCAUACCAGGACCCUGCAUCUGUCUGCUCUGCAUAUAUGUCUCUUUGGAAUUGGAGUUUCAUUAUGUAUUAAGAAAAUAAAGGAAAAUGACUUGUAAGGUC